AGUUCCUGCGGCCUCUUCGAUGUUCGCCGACGCGUCUGUUCAUUGCCUGACAUUCAGCGCUCUAGUCUCCGUCCUCCCGUCGCCAUUUUUUUACUUAUUCCAGUCCAAAUAGCCGAAGGCCGGCGGAGCGGCAGAGCCCGUGCAUAAUAAGUAAUAAAAAUAAAUAUUAAAGGGAGAGAGAGCCGAAGGCCGGCAGAGCGGCAGAGCGAAAGAAGAUAAGAUGAAGGUGAUGCUAAAGGGCAAGUACGGGACAGACAAGUCGGCGGCGGCGUCGGCCUCCGCCACGCUCUCCGCCGCACCCGCUGGCGACCUCCGCCUCAAGGCCUCCGUCACUGACGCCACCUUCCUCCGCUGUGCCUCCUUGGACGGUCUCUCCUUCUCCCUCGAAAAGCCCGGCUCCUUAAUCCUCGACUUCAACGUCCCCAAAAGGGAUGUGACGUUCCAAUUCAUGAACUCCGUGUGCCUGGCGGAGAAGCUGGUGAGCCUGACCUACAGGCACGCGUGGCGGGAGAACCGCACCGCGCUGGACUGCUCCGUGGAGUUCGACCCGGCCAACAAGCUCGCUGUGAACUACGCCCUCCCAACGGGCUGCAAGGUCAAGUACGUGUACGCCCAUGGGGAGAUGCCGCGGCGGACGGUGCUAGAGCCGUCCUACGACCUUUCCAAGAACGCCUGGGACUUUGCGGUCUCGCGCAAGUUCGACGGUGGGGACUCCCUCAAGGCCACCUACCUGACCUCCACCAAGAUCCUCGGCGUCGAGUGGAGCAGGGACUCCAAGAUCAACGGAUCUUUCAAGAUAUUGCAGACUGUAGGAGGUCAAAAAAUUUUGAGGAUGAUGAGAGAAAGAAUGCUAUAGGAGAUGGAUUAAUAUAAUAAGGUUUCUGCUUCACUUAAUCUGGCAGAACAAAAGAAAAAUCCAAAAUUAAUAGCUGAGAGUACCUGGAAUUUUGAAAUAUGAGACAGGUGAACAGGUGAGCAAAUACCGCUUGCAAUAUGAGAUGUUGCUUUAAACAUCAAUUGUUGUUUUAAUUUGCUAUAUUGCAUUCUUGGCCAUGAGAGGCUGUUCCGAACAAACUAAGUCUAUUGUCCAAAAUGUUCAUCUUGUAACAGAAUUGCCGCGUAUAAUUUAAUGAGGUUAUAACAAGGCAACUGGCAUUUGAUCAUUUAGUUUUCAAUAUUUGAAUACUCAAAACACUUUCGUUUUGCGUCUCCUUUCAAUUACUUUCUUGCUCAGUAUGGAUUUCCAGGAUAAUUGCCUCCUGAGCGAGACCUCUGUACUGGCAGGGAAAUUGCCCCCUUCUUUUUAUCUUUUCAGUUUUAGGUAAAGUGAGCUUUCACGAGAAGAUUAUGAUUUUCUUAUUUUUAUAUGAAUAGAAAAUUGGAUGUGUAAGUUGACAAAACUGAAAUAUGAUUAUGAUUUUCUUCUUC